AGAGGGGCUCGUCCAGAUCGUGUAAAGAAGAGACGGAAAGUAAGAGUCCCAAUGAGUUGACGAAGAAUAUUGUUAGCGAGGAGGCCAGAAAAGAGUGCAACAAUGUAGCCAAGCGUUACCUGAAAAAUGUGACCAAUGAGGAAAAGGCUGACGGAGAGAUGCGAUCCAGCGAGACUCGAAGGACGCUAACCUCAGAGAGGUCAAGAAGUCUCUCCAGGUUACCGGCUUCCUCAGACCCCCCCGCCGUGCAGAAUGGAAUCUCCCAGACAAAAACUGCCUCAACGUUUGCACCCUCAAACAAGAACUCUGGGCCUCUGAAAGGACGAAGAAGUCUGGAUUGGCAAGACAGCAGGUCAAGCACCGACACAGGAAAACGUGAGGAAUCUCUUAACAAGUACAACUCUAGCCUCACAGAGCUGCCUCCCACCAAGUCCCAGGAUGGUUUCAACAUGCUGCUGCGUCGCCAUGGAGGCUCCAAGAGGAACUCGCUGCUGCGCUGGUGUCAGAGCCAAACACAAGGCUACAAGAAUAUUGACAUCACCAACUUCAGCAGCAGCUGGGCAGAUGGUCUGGCCUUCUGUGCCGUUUUUCACACAUACCUCCCCUCACACAUCCCUUACAGCACCCUGACUCCAGAGAACAAGAGGGAGAAUCUCAGUCUGGCAUUCAAAACAGGAGAGAGUGUUGGGAUCACACGGACUCUGACGGUAGAGGACAUGCUUCGUGCGGGGGGUCCUGACUGGCAGAGGGUCCUGAACUAUGUGGAGAGCAUCUACCGUCACUUUGAGAUGUGACUGCUGGAGGUACAGACUGACUCCUAUCGGUGCUUUUCCUCAAAAAAGGAUAUUAAGACUGAGGGAUCCCAGAAAAUCAUGCCAUAAAUAUGUUGGAUGGCUACAAUAUUUUCUAAUUGCCAGGAAAAUUUGGAAAAAGCAAUAACAAUAAAAAAGGACUCCAGAACCAAAGGACAUGUGCUCAGACAUAUAUUAGUGAUCAGUGUUUUUUUUCUUCAAAUGUGACUUUACAGAUGUCAUCUGUGGUUAGAAAAACAGUUAAGUGAGUUAUUAACUGUUUAACAAACUUGCAGUAUUGACUUGAUAAAUACUGCCAAUCCAGUAUGAGCAAGGAAACACACAUUACAGACAAACCAGCUUUCACUACCUGGAACACUGGCUGCAAAUCUGUCCUUUUUUCAUUUUUUUUUUAAAAGUUUAAGAUGUGUUUUAUUACCUAUUUGGUUAAGACAAUGAUAUCUGGAACGAAACAAAAAUAUCCCAAAAUGUAAAUUGGUUGCUGUGGAUUAAAUUUCGUCCCGCUUGGUUUUCUGUCAAACUUCCUCUUAUACAAGCUACGUGCAACCUUUGAGAUUUUGUAUCAAUGUCAUUGUCUACAAUGUCAACGUCAUUGGCUAGCGUUAACAAAUGUUAUUUUAAGUGUUGUAAUUUCUCUCAAAAGAUAACUUUCAGUUAAUCAGUUUGAGAUGAAACUGCAAAAAUGAGAACCUGACAAACUGAGAAGGGGAUCAGUCAGCCUUUUAAAAAAAAAGUUACAAACAGUAACUUUAAAAACAACGACUUGUUGACAAUCAGUCAUUCGUUAUACUAGAUGCAUGUAAAGGUAGAGUUGCUGUAAAUGUCUUCACACUGGUACAUCACUAACAGACAGAACUCUAUUGCAUCAUGUCCUUUAGUUAAUCUGUCUGAAGUUCUUGAACUGCACGGUUUUCACUGCCAAUCUGUUGUGAACUUAAUUCUUUCUUUAGUGCUCUACUUUUUACUUUUUGCCACUCUGUACAUAUGCACUUUUGUCAGCACUUUGUGAGAACUUUGUAAGAAUGUGAUACUGUACAGAUACCAAUGUUACAAAGGCUAGGUGGGAAUGAAGCUGCAUGCCUUCAAACCAGUCAGAAGAUAUGUUCAGUUAAAAAGUCUGAUUCUAAAACAUGUUAUUGCGGCAAAGAUUAAAACAUUGUGUUCAAUUUGGCGAAAAUGGCUGUGGCUGUUUGGUACAUCUCAAAUAUCUCAAACUCACAGAUGUUGAAAUGAACUCUCUUUCAGCCCCAUGUCGAGAAUCUGAAUCAUAGGUGUUGUUUUGACAACUUUAAUGCUGAGUUCUUUUUUGCCAAAGUCCUAUGUGCCAAUUAUUUGGAUCCUCAUGUGUGUGAAAUAAACCAUUGUACAACAUGUUUAUAUGUAACUAGUGUAAAAGAAUUGAUACCUAAGAAAUAAAGUGUAAAUAUGAAACUAA